UGUUUUACAAUUUUCCAAUAGUUCUAAGUGUAAAAAUCCUAUGCCGAUAAUGUCGGCGCCGUAAUAAUGUAUAGUAAAAAAGCUUAGUAAGUUUCGACGAUGGCGUCGGACGGUGAAAUUUGUUGUACGAAUGAUCCUAAUUUCGCUGUUAUUUACUCGUUUUUAAAAGUAUUUGGUAAACUGUAUGCUUUAGAGGUGCCUACGAUAGCGAAAUUGCAGGAGCUGAUAGAGAAUACACAGGAAGUGUUGGAUCCGCUGAAGGAGCUGCACUUACGGCUGCUACGACGGGCGCUGAAGUCUGUGCAGAGCAAUCGAUGGGAAAGAUGUUUGAUCAAAUUCUGCCAUCAGCAGGGUCACCACCAGGAAGCCUGGGAAAUAGAGAGGUUUUCGUACAAGAAAGCUAACACACAAAUCAAACUAAAGGUGUUAAAGGUGCUGUUAGAAUACCAGUUCACGUGUCAUGGAAAAUUCAAGAAUGCAGUAAAUGCAAUACCAUGCCCUGAGCUUCGUCUUGAGCCAAUUGGACGAGACCGUGCAGGCCGUGUGUACUGGCUUCAGCUUGACCAUGAUGCUAAUCUUAGGCUUUAUCGUGAAGACCAGGAUGAGGAGACUUGGGAUCUUAUUGCCAGCAAUAGAGAAGAACUGGUAAGAGUGAUAGGGCAAUUAAAAAGUGGCAAUGAGAUAUGUCCUUCAACUGUCAACAAUGCAAAUGAAGAUUCAAGUAGUACUGAUAUACCCUCACAGGUUGAACAAACGGAAGUAACUCAGCCAAAUAAAGUUGAAGCAGAAGAAGAAGAUGAAUUUUUAAGUCCAGAAUCUGAAUCAGAGCAUGAUGAUGACAUUCAGAAACUUAGCAAUGCCGCAAAAGAUAGCAAGCAACAAGAACAAUCCACAGAAGAAAUUGAACAGAGCAAUGAAACACAAGAGAAAGAAUCAAGUAUUAUAACACCAGAAAUUCCUGUAGAAACUCCAUCAGAGAAUGCUGAAAUACAAACCAAAAGUGAUGCAGAAAAUGAUAGUGACACUGAAACUCCAUCAACAAAUAACGAAGCUACUACACCUUUAGAAGAAACUGUAUCUCUAAAUGAUCCAGAGGUAAAAGACUCUGCAUCCCCUAAACCAAUAUCUCAGUGCAGUGAAAACGAUAAAAUGGCUGAUCCCAACAGCAAACAAGAAACCCCUGAAGAUGAACCAAGGAGUCCUUUAAAAGAACUUGAAGAGAAAUCUACUGCAGAAAAUGUUAUAGAACCUCAAGAAAUGGUUAGUGAAGCAAUAGAAGAACCUGUGAUGUUGAUAACAGGUGAAGGUAAUGGUGCAGAUUGCGAAAGCUCCUAUUUUAUUGGAGAAGAGAUCUCAGAACCUGUUAUGUAUUUUUUCGGUGAGGGUUACGGUUUCGACAACGAUACCGGGAAUCCAGAAGCCAUUGAAAAAGAAAACGAUGCACAAAAAUCAGAUGACGAUGGCAGUGACGAAUGCAUAAACGGCGAAAAUCACGAAGUAUCAAAUUCAAGUAUAAGUAAGUCUCCAAAAAGUGUGAAAUUAAAAAGCAAAGUUCCUGCUGUAACUAAACGGUCUCUCAAAAAACAAUCAACAGAUCCCUCAGAAGCACUAAAACCGGAUGGUAAGAAACCGUGUGUGCGAAAUUUGGACAAAUCUGAUGGCUCUAAUUCAAAUUCUAAGGGUGUGGAAAGAGAUCUAAAAAGAGAAAGUAGUGUAAAUGAUAAAUCAACGACAGACAGUGAGAGUUCGAAUAAGAAUAACGUAAAGAAGAAUAGAAGUAAAGUUAAAAAGAAACCUGCAGUUGCAAGGAAAUUGAAAGUGAAGAAUCCGAAGAAUGUUACGAACUCUGUGGCAGAACCUGACAAUGGGCAUGAUAGUAAAACAAGUAUUAUUGAGAAGAGGAAAAGUAGCUUAUCUUCAGAGGACCAAGAGGAGGAGAUCACGGAAAAUGAGAAAGAGAAAAGUCCUGACAAGGAUUUAAAAGGCGAGGAUACCUUACCUCCGAAAAAAUUGCGCUUGGAGACUACGCCAGAGAGUGAUGCGGUAUCACAGUCCAAGGAAACUGUAGAUACUGAUAUAAACAACAGUGAUGAUAAAAAACAAACUCAGAGUGCCGAAAAGAAAGAAAUUGAUAGCGCAGAAAAGAAUGAUAAUCAAAAACCUGAAAGCAAUUCGAUAUCACAAAGGAAGAAGAUUAAAGCAAGCAAAGGGAAAUUUAAAAGAAAAAGAGUAGAGAAAAUAAAACAGGGGGAAAAUGACAAUGAAGAAAGUGAUUUGAAAGCAACAAAAAGCAAAAGUAAAGCAGUUAAGCGGUCGCUAUUGGAUGCAACGAUGAGUGACAAAAGUAAAUCAGAAUCUCAGAGUGACAGUGAGGAGGAUGAGCCUGCUUUGCGCGGCAAGCGGCUCAAGAUCAAACCUAAGAAGAUUGUCAAGACUUCAAGGAAAAAAGUGGAAGCAAAAUUAAAAGAAACCCACUCCAGUGAUGAAUCUGAAGAGGAGACGUUGUACAGCAUAGCAGGUAAGAAGAGUAAGAAAGUCAAACGCAAGCCAAAAUCGAAGCCUCAGAAAUCAGCAACUCCUGUGACGACUGCAGCGGGUGCGGCAGGCUCCGGGUCGGAGGACGCGACUCCCGUGCGACAUUCGCGUCGCAUCGCGCAAAUGAAGAUAAGGGAAGAGGCCGAACGGAGGCAUUUGGAAGAGGUGGCCUUGAGAGAGAUGAAAGCUAUACACAAGAAGAAGAGUGCGGAGUCGGAAGAGGAGUGGCAGGCGAGCGACGGCAGCAGCAGCGGCUCGCGGGCGCGUAAGGGCGGGCAGCGGCGCGGCGCCGCGCGCUGGCGUCCUUCCACCUCCACGGGGCCCGAACCCGACUCCGACUCCGACGAGCCGCUCUUCGACCACCACGAGCCCCACGAGCCCGACCUGGAUUUCAACAAGUCCGAUCAUGAGUUCUCACCAGAAUCGGACUUAGAAAGUGGAGAGCCGUCAACGCCUCUCAAGCGCGCCAGAACUUUGCAGGAAGAAAAAGAUGAUGGCGUAUGCGAGCAUUGUGGGAGUGGCGAACAACCAGAAUGGAUCUUAUUAUGCGACAAAUGUGACGCUGGAUACCACGCGUCCUGCCUAAAACCUGUACUCUUUCUUAUACCUGAAGGAGACUGGUUUUGCCCGCCAUGCAAUCAUGAAAUGCUUAUAGCGUCUCUAGAGAGCGAGCUGGUUAAGUACGACGAACUGCUGAGCGUGGUGGAAAAGGAAAGAGAGCGCAAGAGACUCGAGGAGCCCCCGCCACCUGCAGCGGAAGACAAGAAAGAGGACAAAUCUCAUUCAGAGUCGGGGUCGGGCAGCGGCAGCGCGUCGUGGUCGUCGUCGGAGGAGGAGGGCGCCGUGUACCGGCUGCGCGCGCGCCGCCAGCUGCCCGUCAGCUACCGCGCGCAGGAAUACGACCGCCUCAUCUCCUCCGCCAUCAAGGAGGAAUAUGUUGAACCGACAUCCAGCGCAGGUAAUCAAGGCCGCGGGAAAGAUAUCUCAACCAUCAUAGAAGCAGCCGAGGAGGAGAAGCUAAAGGCCGAGAGAGAGGCUCUUGAACAGGGCCAACCGGUAGAGAAGCGCGCGAAGAAAAAGCAGCGACGGAAACCACGCAAGCUCAACUCGCUGGAGGUGCCUUCGGAGGACGACGACGAGACCGAUGAGGACUUCAAGGACACUGGCCUGGAGUCGACGUCGGAGGAGAUUUCGUCAUCUGCGGAGCGCGAUAGCUCUCCUGGAUCGGCUUCGUCCGACGACCUGCCCAUCCGUCGCGCGGCCAGGCCCAGCCGGCCCCACCACAAAGAACGAUCAAAACUAACAGAAUCCUCGCCCGAGGUGAAGAAGAAAAAGAAAGGAGUGAUAGACAGCUCAAGCGAAUCUGGAGAGAAAAAAGAAUGGGCCAAGAAAAAAUCAAAAUCGAAAUCGAAGAAGCAUGACAAAUCACCAACCAAGAAACCACGCAGAAAGGGCGGCCUUACACAAUACGACGCGGAAGGCAACGUCAUACGAGCCCGAGUCACGUACGGAGGACUGAGUGGCGAUGAGGGACUCAACGAUUGGUCGCCCAAGCACCGGACGCGGCAGAAGAAAAUUAAUUACACGGAAAUUCCUAACACCGAGUCUGAAGAUGAGAUGCACAAAUCUAGCGGCAAACACAUGCCAGACAGCUCAGACGAGUUUCAUGUCGACGAUUCGGACCUCACUUCAGAUUCCGAUUCAGACCGGAUCAAGAGAAAGAAGGAGGCCGAAUCCGAAGAACAGUCUGAAGAACGGAGAAAGGCACUCAAUGACCUCAUUAAGAAAACUGCUGUGGUGCCUCUUGAAAAAUUACCUGAUGACGUAACUAAGGCGAAGACCGAAGAGCUACAGGCACACCUUGUCAUUGGACGCGGCGCAAGCGACGACAUAAAACUGUGA